UGUAUACCUUCAGCGAGGCUGACUGCUGAGUCUUUAAUUUGAUGACUGAAAGCCAUCGCAUAAAUUUGGACUGUGGUUUAACAGACAUAGAUUGAGAGCCAGAGAGAGCAAAACCAGCUGAAACUGGACAGAAGAGAAAACAAGAGGCUGAAAGGAGUGAGAGAGUGAGGGAGAGGAUGAAGAGAGGAAGCAUCUUGUCCAGCAGAAGUCUAGAGAUGAGUGAAAAAACUCCACAUUCAGCGGCCGCUCCUGAUGGCGGAUGGGGCUGGAUGAUCGUAGCCGGUUGUUUCCUCACCACUGUUUGCACACGUGCAGUCACUAGGUGUGUUUCCAUCUUUUUUGUGGAAUUCCAGUCAUACUUUUCCAGAGAUUAUUCUGCAACUGCAUGGAUACACUCUCUGUUGGACUGCACCACAAUGUUGUGUGCUCCAUUGGGCAGUUAUAUAGGGAACCGCCUCUCUUCUCGUGUAGCUAUCAUGUUUGGUGGGCUUCUUUCCACUGCCGGCCUGCUGCUCAGCUCACUGGCCACCAGUGUGGAGUUCCUGUAUCUCACAAUGGGUGUUCUUACAGGUGUGGGAUUUGCUCUCAGCUACACUUCUGCAAUAGCCAUGGUGGGUUCUUACUUCUGCGAGAGAAAAGCGCUGGCUUACGGGAUCGCCAUGUCUGGCAGCGGCAUCGGAACCUUCAUACUAGCACCUGCUGUCCAACUCCUCAUUGAGUUCUUCUCCUGGAGGGGUGCGCUGCUCAUUCUGGGGGGUUUGGUGUCCCACUUGUGUGUCUGUGGAGCACUUAUGAGGCCUUUGGAAAGUCAAAGCGGGAGACGGAAAGAGAUGGACUUGGAGGGUGGCAAAAAGGUUGAUUGCCUAAAUGUUAAACUUGCUGAUGCAGGGCACAGUAUGGAGGUUAGUGUACAGGAACAAAGAUUGGUGGAGGUAAAACAUACGUAUAUGACAAAGAGAGGGGAAAAUGAACAUGCUGAGAGUAUGCAGAAUGAUGGAAAAGAAUGGAUGGAAUCAGAGCCUUCUGAUGCCAAGCAAACACACUCCAAUGUGGAAAUAAACCUUAGACAGGAAGACUCAGAGGACUCAGAGACCGUGAUCAGAAGCACAGAUGAAUGGGACAAAGAAUCAAAGCCAAAGUGCUCAGAUAUAGACAUCUCAGUCCCAGCUUUAGUACAAUCAAGUGACUUGGACUGUUUGACAACCAACCAAGAGGACACAACUAUCCCAGAAUCAAACACUAACCACAGUACUUUGGCACUGUCAAAAGUGGCAAACACAAAAUUACUGAAGGAGUCCAGUGACAAUGUAUGGUCUAUCAUAAGGAAAACAGUAUUGAGAGAAUAUUCGUUCCUGCUGAUACCAGACUUCUUAUUGCUGUUGGUGUCCUUCCUGUUCCUUGCAUAUGGUUGCAGUGUGCCAUUUGUGUAUCUUGUGCCAUAUUCCCUGAGUGCAGGUGUCAGUCCACAACAGGCAGCAUUACUCAUGUCCAUACUUGGAGUGUCAGGGAUUGUCGGAACUAUCACUUUUGGAUGGAUUGCAGAUAGAAAGUGUUUGAGGCCGUAUAGGGUGGUGAGUUACAUGCUGGCUGUGGGGUCAGAAGGGCUGAGUUGUCUCUUUCUGCCUCUGCUGAAUGGUUUUUCCCUGCUCGUCCCCUUUUCUCUCAUCUACGGCUACUUUGAUGGAGCUUAUGUGGCACUUAUUCCUGUGGUGACCUCUGACACCGUCAGCUCCACCCACCUGACCUCGGCUCUGGGAGUUGUUUACUUUCUUCAUGCCAUCCCCUACCUCAUCAGCCCACCUAUUGGAGGUUGGCUAGUGGAUCAGACAGGCUCCUACACAGCUACAUUCUUCCUCGGUGGAGUCGCUCUGAUCUGCAGUGCUGUGAUUCUGGCUGCUGUGAGAGUUAUCAUCCGUUGCACUAGAGGGAGCUAUUGCAUAAACUGACUCACAACCAGGUACAAUGGAGAUUUCUAAAGUGGUACAAAAACACUGCAAUAUCGAUGUCAAGAAACAUGAAAGUGCCCCUCCGGAGUUAAAGAGUUUUCACGUGUUCCUGAUCUGAAGCUUUUAUCAGUCAGAUUGAUUUCCACAAAUCCAUGCAUUUAUAGCAUAAAUGAACACAGAACUGAAAAAAAGAACUGCUCUACUGCUGAAAUACAGGAUUUAUGUUCCAUUUGGUUAAACACGUGUUUUCUACCAAGAAAACUUGUUUUGUAUUUGAUACUUAUUUGUUAUUUUAAUGUGUCUCUCUCAGCUGAUAUCUGACUGGCUAGUCAGAGAAAUGAACAGAUGUGCUUUGUCCAUUAGUUACACGUUUACCGCUUCAUUCACAGGUCAGUGUUUUUAUAAUGUACACUACUGUUCAGAAGUUUGGGAUCUGCAAGAUUGUAAGAUUUUUUUGAAGAUUUUAAGUCUCUUAUGCUCACCAAGGCAGCAUUGAUCAAAAUACAAUAAAAAAGCAAUAUUACUACAAAUAUUGACUAUAUACUAUAACACUUGUAUUUUGAUUUUAAUGCAUUGUACAAUUUACUUUAUUAUUGUGAUGGAAUAAUUUGCAAAAUAAAAGUUUUAAACUUUUAUUUAAAAAAAAAUAAAAGUCUCAGACUUUUCCUUAAAAAAAAAAAAAAAUCUUAAAGAUCCCAAACUAUUGAGAAGUGUACACAGCUACUUACACCACUGUAACCAUCACUGUCCUAAAACAUUUAAAUCAAAUGCAAUAUUUUUCAGUAUCAUAAAUGUUAUCAAUAUGAUAACCUUUUGUACAUUUUUAUGUUAAAUGAUUUCAAUUCUACAUUUUUAAACAUGGCAAAAUGCAAUGGAUUUUUUUUUAUUAUGCAUCAAUCUACAAUGCUUUCUUUGGACUAUUCUGUGUGUGUCAUUCAGAGAAUACCUUGGUGAAUAGACUCUUUGGACUUCAUGGAUUAAAAAAAUGGCUAAAUGUCACUGAAACAAGAAUAAUAUGAGAUGCUAUAUAUAAACAGAUAGAGAUAACCUGUAUUUCAUAUAAAGAUCAUGGACAAUAUUCUCCCUCCGAAAAUAAUUAUGGGUAUUCUACAAGAAGAGAAAUAAAUUAAUCAAAUGUAAUCUAUUGAUUUAAUCUUUUAGAUGGCACAUCAAAUACCUUGUGACUCUUAACAGUACACAUUUAUUUGUAUGUGACCUUGUUUUGUGCUGGAACACUGUUACAAUAGAUCAUUUUCAGUUUG